UUUUUUUUUUUACGUGUGGGGUACAUUGGUUAGCUUGCUAUCGAAGAAUAAAGUGACCAGUAUAAAAGUUAUCUAAAGGAAGCAAUUUCCACCGUCGGGUUUCAUGAUGGCUUUGCAGGGCUCUGAGGAGAUAGAGGAGCAACUCGCAGAGCCUGAAGAGGUUGGAGACGAGGAUGUGAGCAUCUCUCCAGCUGAAGAAAUAACAUUAACCGUCGGGCCUGGAGGAGAGGAGGACACGGACCCGCUUCUCCUCCCGUGGGAUCGCUUCUCUGCCUGGCUACACUGUAUCUGUGUCGUCGGGUUUGAUCUAGAACUCGGCCAGGCGGUGGAGGUCAUCUACCCACACCAUUCAAAACUAUCCGAGAAGGAGAAAACAAGUAUCUGCUACCUGUCAUUCCCAGACUCCAACUCAGGUUGUCUAGGGGACACACAGUUCUGCUUCCGUUUCCGCCAGGCCUCAGGCAGGAAGUCUUCUCUGGGAUGUUUUCUGGACCAGUUUGACCGUGACGCCCCAGUCUGCCUGAAGAGGGACCAAGGCCAUUACUAUGGUUACGUCUACUUCAGACAAGUCCGGGACAAGUCACUCAAGAGGGGUUACUUUCAGAAGUCGCUGGUCCUUAUCAGCAAGCUUCCUUACGUCACGUUCUUCCACUCCCUGCUGAAGCUCGUUGCUCCAGAGUACUUUGAGAAGCAGGAGCCGUGUCUGGAGGCUGCCUGCAACGACAUCGACCGCUGGCCCACUCCUCAUCCAGGGAAAAUAUUGGUCCUCCCUAUAAUGGGUACUGUUAUGAAGGUUCGGAUCCCAACAUGUUACGACAAGCCUGGAACCUCUCAGCUGGUACAGUCCACACAGAAUGACAACCUGGUGUCCAUAGUCCUCCCCACGGUCCACGAGGUAGACUUGUUCACGUGUUUCCACCCAGUCUUCUUCCACAUUCAGAUGUUAUGGGAGCUGGUGUUGCUAGGAGAGGCUCUGGUUGUCAUGGCACCAUCACCGGCAGAAUCUUCCGAUACUGUUCUGGCAUUGGUCAGCUGCAUCUCUCCACUGCGCUACUGCAGUGACUUCAGACCGUACUUCACCAUCCACGACAACGAGUUUAAAGAGUAUACCACCAGAACACAGGCUCCGCCAUCUGUGAUUCUUGGCGUGACCAAUCCGUUCUUUGCGAAGACCCUCCAACACUGGCCUCACAUCAUCCGUAUUGGAGACAUGAAGCAGGCUGGAGAGACUGUCAAGCAGAUGAAGGUCAAGAAGCUGAAGAACCUGAAGACCCUGGACUCUAAACCAGGUGUCUACAGCGCGUACAAGCCCUUCCUCAACAAAGAUGAGGAUAUCAUUAAACAACUUCAGAAGGGUGUCCAACAGAAACGUCCCUCGGCGGCACAGAAUGCCAUCCUACGACGGUACUUCCUGGAACUAACGCAGAGCUUCAUCAUUCCACUGGAGCGCUAUGUGGCCAGUCUGAUGCCUCUACAGAAGAACAUCUCUCCUUGGAAGAGUCCUCCACAGCUGAGACCCUUCCUCCAGGAGGACUUUAUGAAGACUCUGGAGAAGGCUGGUCCUCAGCUCACCUCACCACUCAAAGGAGACUGGAUGGGACUCUACAGACAGUUCCUGAGGUGUCCAAACUUUGACGGCUGGUUCAGGAAUCGCAGGAGAGAGAUGAUGAAGAAACUAGAGGCCCUUCACCUAGAGGCUGUCUGUGAGGAGGAUCUGCAGGUGCGUGUCCAGCAACACACUGAGGUGGAGACUGUGGACCUCGUUCUCAAACUCAAAGACAAACUGACUCAGGCAGAGAGAGAGCAGCUUCCUCUGAGGCCGGGGACAUUGACUAAACUACAAGCCCACAUCGACUCUGUCAUCCUGUCUUUACCUGAUGAUCUACAGGGAAUCCUGCACAAGCCCUCCACACCCUGACCUCUGACCCUGACCUCUAACCCCUGACCACUAAUCAUUGACCUAUAACCCCUGGGGGAGGAGGAAGAGGCGCCCAAGGAAGGACUGCUCCAGUCUCAUCAUUGAACUAUGGAUUUUAAAUACUUUAUUUUUAUUUUUUUAACCCUUUAAUAUCUGUGUGACUGAGCCACCUCCAACGUCUCUCCACCGUCAUGUGCAAUGCUGGCAUUGCCCCCCCAAAAAUAAUCCACUGAUGAUUAUUGAUUAUGCAACCAGUCAGAAAGCCAAUUAGUGGUUUAUUCCUCAGAGAUAUAAUGUCUGUGCUGUAGUGAAUCAUGUGUCUGUGACACAUGUCCAUAAAGGUUGGCAGAUUUUCUUAAACAGUUUAAUCUGUGUCCGGAAAACCGAACCUUUAGUCUAGACUUUUUUAAAAACAGCCUUGUUUGGGUUCUAUGCUGCGCUGAUAACUUAACACUGCAGUAACAUUAAACUAUAGACAGAUUGUGAUAUACAGUUUAAUUGUCAACAAUACUCGUACGUUAUGAAAGGUUGCUGUGCUGUUGUAUAAAUGUUGAAGACAUGGCGACAUGAAGAGCUGUAUUGUAUAGCGUCACUAUACACUUAUUGGACAAACCACUCUACAAGAUGUCGAAAACGUUCCACAGGGAUGCUGGUCCAUGUUGACUCCAAUGCUUCCCACAGUUGUGUCAAGUUGGCCGAAUGUCCUUUGGGUGGUGGACCAUUCUUGAUACACGUGUGGAAAAACCCAGCAGCGUUGCAGUUCUUGACACAAACCAAAGGCACUUAAAUCUGUCUUGUCCAUUCACCUUCUGAAUGACACACAUACACAAUCCAUGUCUCAAUUGUCUCAAGGCUUAAAAAUCCUUCUUUAACCAGGUCUCCUCCCCUUCAUCUACACUGAUUUUUGAAAUGGAUUUAACAAGUGACAUCAAUAAGGGAUCAUAUCUUUCACCUGGUCAGUCUGUAAUGGAAAUGUUUUGUCCACUCGGUGUAUAGUGGUUGAGGAGGAGACAUCGGGGUGGUCUUCAUGAGGCACAAAACAGAUCGAAACAAGAAGGAACCUAAAGCUAGUGCAAUAACAAAUGGUUUGCGUUUCAAAACGUUUUGUUACGUUGUGCCUUAAUGAAUAGCACCCUUGUUGGAGGUUGAUCUGUGUGUGUGGGGGAAUAGAAUAGCAGAGUGCUGUUGCUAUUUUAGACCAAUAGGAUCGAACUUGUAUAUAAUUUGUACUCAUUAAUAGAAGAACGUAAGGAAAAAGACCUUCACUAAACCCUCGUCCUUAUAUUGCAGUACUACUUCUGCUCUAAAUGUGUAUUCUGCAUAGGGAAUAGGGUGCCAUUUGGGAUGCAUUCAUUCUACAUGUUAAAAAUGGGCAACCGGGUAACUGACGAAAACUAACUUGCUGACACAUUGCCUUGUCAUAUUGAUUUGGACCUGAUUUGUGUGAGGUUUUACCACAUUAUUCAUCUGUGUAGGCCCACUACAAUCCCUUGUACCACAUUAUUCAUCUGUGUAGGCCCACCACAUUAUUCAUCUGUGUAGGCCCACUACAACCCCCUGUACCACAUUAUUCAUCUGUGUAGGCCCACUACAACCCCCUGUACCACAUUAUUCAUCUGUGUAGGCCCACCACAACCCAUAUGAACAGUCCUUGUACACCAGGGCUUUCUAGCGGCUAGCUAAACCAGAGUUGGUUUCCUACCGGUCCACUGCCACUGUCUGGAUUUCAUUUGGCACCCAGCCACUGUCUCUCCUCAGUGUCAUUGAUUUGGUUCACACAAACUGUAUUGUCCGAAACACAUUUUGCUGAUCAUAAUGGAUGUUGAUAGCCUGGGUACAGGUCUGUUUAGCUAUCAUUCCACUCCUUGUCUUUGGCAUAUGACACAGAGGAGUGGAAUGUUGGCUAAACAGACUGGUCCCCAGGCUAGGAUGUUGAUAUGGUUUUGCCUUCCAGACCCUAACUGUUUGUAUUCAUGCUGUUUUUUAUGCUUUGAGUAGAAGUUUCGUUUGGAGUGCAUUCCGUGUAUGGUGUGCUCAACCAUCAUAUGUUAAGUGUAAAGAUCAUUCUUCCUCUGAACUGCUGAACAACAUUACUGCAGAGGAGGUUUUUCCUAACACAGAUUUUGCUGUCAGACUUUGGACUACCUAUGAGGUUUUUACGUCUUACAUUUUGAAAAACGAUAUUUGAUUUGUUGAGUAUUUUGAUGUUACAGAAUACAUUAUUUUUCUUGAUCAGCUUUUAUCAUAGGGUGUGCCUUAAGGGAUGAUGGUUAGGAAAAACAGAACCAAAGAUGGACUGUUUUUAGGUUAAAUAUCGAACUGUGACUGUGUAGUAGGCUAAUAAUAACUUCUGAUAUCUACAGUAGUGGCUCACUCACUCAGUAACCUGUCAUAUUCUGAUCUGCUUCAAACACCAUGGAACACCAUCAUUCUGUUGGAACCCAUCAGAAUUCCAGUGGAAAUGUUGGAACCCAUCAGAAUUCCAGUGGAACUGUUGGAACCCAUCAGAAUUCCAGUGGAACUGUCUGUCCUCUGAGGGAAUAUUUCAGUUAAAUUAAUAUUGGUUGGUACACACCUGUGAAGGGGUUCCAUAUUUUGAAAAUACUUAUUUUAACAAGAUAAUUUUGUAUAAAGGGCUAUUCUCAUAUUCCAUUAAUCUAAAAAGUGAAGUUUUGUACAUAUGUUGAAAUACCCAGCCAUCACCAUUGAUGAUGAUAUUCAUUAUAUUACAACCAUUAUUUUACUAAAUAUAGAUAUUACUGACAUGGAAUACUAUACAUUUGUAAUAUCUUCCAAUGGGCUGGUUAGAUGUUAAAGAACUAGAAUAAGGAUGAUAACAUAAUAUACUGCAUCAUAUUGCUUUGGGGAACUCAGUAUUUUUACAUUUGCAAUGUUUGAUCGUUUUUUGUAUUGAAGCCUUAAUACAAUAACUACUGAGGAACCACUAUUGAUGCCUUUUUAAUAGAAGUUCUGAGGAACCACUAAUGCUAACAGACAAUGGCUUUCAGUGAGCGCAAGUAUUUUAAUGUGAAUAAACGGGCCUCUAGAAUCUCACUAAUAAAUGGUUCUGUAUUUUC